UCCUUCCCACGUGAGAUGUGUGGAGGUAAACAACGUUGGUGAAGUGGCACGCAGCUGACAUUAUCGUGCUGUGCAGUAAGGAUGAGUGCUGACGGUGACGAUGAGAAAACUUUGCAGUUCCAUGAGAUGGGGCUGGAUGACAGAAUAUUGGAGGCUAUAGCACGGUUGGGAUGGAAGGAACCUACCCUAAUUCAGGAGAAGGCCGUACCUUACAUGUUGGAGGGGAAGGAUUUACUUGCACGAGCCAGGACUGGAUCAGGAAAGACUGGAGCUUUUGUCAUCCCAGCUAUACAGAAAAUCCUGGAAAAUAAACGCACUGCAACUGAACAGAGUGUACAAGUUCUCAUCUUGGCACCAAGCAAAGAACUCUGUAAGCAAAUAAAAAACAACAUCGGUGAACUGACAGUUUCCUGUAGACGUGAAGUUCGCUAUGUAGACGUGUCACCACAGGUCCCUCUUGAAGCACAGCGUCCUCUUCUCAUUGAUAAACCUGACAUUGUGGUUGGAACACCAACAAGAGUGCUGGCUCACAUUGCAGCAGAAAAUCUCAAUGUCCAGAACUCCCUCAAACUGCUGAUCAUAGAUGAGGCCGAUCUCAUGUUUGCCUUUGACCAUAUAAGUGAUAUUGAGGCUGUGCUCAGGCACCUCCCUCAGAUUUACCAGUCUUUUGUGACAAGUGCUACCAUGUGGGAUAAUGUGAAGAAGCUGAAAAAAUUGAUACGGAAUAAACCUGUGAUCCUGCGACUGGAAGAGCCUCCAUUGCCAACCACAGCACAGCUGACUCAGUAUGUCAUCAAGAUUGAGACCAUUGACAAGGUGGUCAUGAUCAAUGUGUUGUUUCGUCUGAACAUGAUCCGUGGCAAGACAAUCAUUUUUGUCAAUAAUGUGGACAAAGGAUACAAAUUAAGGAUGUAUUUGGAACAGUUUGGAAUUAGUUCCUGUGUCUUGAACUCAGAGAUGCCUGUUGCAUCAAGAUGUCACAUAGUGGAGCAGUUUAACAGCAGCAAGUAUGACAUUAUCAUUGCCUCAGAUGAAAAGAGUCUGGAAAAUCCUAAAGCUAACAAGAGCAAAGAAAAGAAAGGGAAAAGGAAGAGGGACAAAGAGUCUGGUGUGGCAAGAGGUAUUGACUUCCAGUUUGUGUCCAACAUCAUCAACUUUGAUUUUCCACGUGAUGUGGACAGCUACAUCCACCGAGUUGGACGCACAGCCAGAGGCAACAACCAAGGAACGGCAUUGUCCUUAGUCUCUGUGCAUGAAAUGGAGGUCUUCAACAGUGUUGAGGCCAAGCUCAAGACACUGAUGCCUGACUCUGAUGCUGUUUUUAAGGACUUUAAAUUUGACAUGUCACAACUUGAUGGCUUCAGGUAUCGAGCUCUUGAUGCAUGGAAGCGUUGCACAUCUAUUGCCAUUAGAGAAGCCAGAAAAAAGGAACUUCAACAGGAAAUGUUAAAUUCAAGUAAACUGAAGAGCUACUUUGAAGAUAAUCCCAAGGACUUAGAGUUGCUGAGGCAUGAUAAACCCAAGAGUGGCAUCACACCCAUGAAUCACUUGAAGAAUGUUCCGGAAUAUAAUGUGCCAGAUAAUUUAAAAAGAGUACAGAAGAAAGUGAGCAAGAGAAAGUUGAAUAAGAAAGCACCAAGAAUCAAACUGAGCCAAAGGAAGCAACUAACAAAAACUCAAGAAAAAUAUAGGAAAAGGAAAGCAGACCCACUUCAGAGUAUGGAGUUUUCUGGAUUUAAGAAAAAGAGCAAAGUGUAAGAUUGGGAAAUUACCAGGUACUUCAUUUACAUUGUAUUAUUUUUCAUAACUGCUAUGAAAUAAAUCAUUCAUAGUA